GGUACCCGCCUUUGCUAGGUACCUAGUUGCUGGCAACUGAUGUCAUUUGAUCCACUCGCACCUCCUCUAUAAAGGGGGUAAAUGUAUAUGUUUGGACAGUCGUUGGGGUAUAUAACAAGCAAGAGUUUCAAAAUCCAUCAUAUAUUUGGAAAAUACACAAACACCUACGGUGCAAACCAAAAACAAGUUUUCUCUGUCAACACAACUUAACAUUCACAGGCUGCAGUUUUAGUCCGAAAUAUGCUCCGUCUAAAACCUUCAUUCUUCUCUGGAACUCUACAUCACUUUUCGUUCCUUUUACCUUCCGCACCUCCUCCUCGUUUCAUCAAUCCAAGUUAUGUUAGAGUAAGUAGAAUUAGAGCAAUGUCAUCACAUAUUGUUGGAUACCCACGUAUCGGACCCAAGAGAGAGCUUAAGUUUGCGUUAGAAUCUUUCUGGGAUGGAAAGACUGAUGCUGAGGAGUUGCAAAAGGUUGCAAAGGAUAUUCGAGUUUCAAUGUGGAAACAAAUGGCAAGUGCAGGAACUAAGUUCAUUCCAAGUAAUACCUUCUCGUAUUACGAUCAGGUUUUAGAUACUACUGCAAUGCUUGGGGCAGUUCCUCCAAGGUAUGGAUGGGUUGGAGGUGAGAUAGGAUUUGAUGUUUACUUCUCUAUGGCUAGAGGAAAUGCUGUUGUUCCUGCCAUGGAAAUGACCAAGUGGUUCGAUACCAAUUAUCAUUUUAUUGUGCCUGAACUGAGUCCUGAUCUGAAGUUCACAUAUGCUUCUCAUAAGGCAGUAGUUGAAUACAAGGAGGCCAAAGAGCUCGGAAUCGAGACAGUGCCAGUUCUUGUUGGACCUGUUUCUUACUUGUUGUUGUCAAAGCCUGCGAAGGGUGUGGAUAAAUCGUUUUCGCCUCUUUCUUUGUUGGAAAAGAUAAUUCCGGUCUAUAAGGAAGUUUUGGCCGAGUUGAAGGCAGCUGGAGCUACUUGGGUGCAGUUUGAUGAACCCACACUUGUACUAGACCUGGAAUCUCAUCAGUUAAAAGCAUUUAUUGAUGCUUAUGAGCAGCUGGAAGAGACUCUAUCUGGGAUUAGUGUUAUUCUUGAGACCUACUUUGCUGAUCUCCCUGCUGAUGCAUACAAGAUGGUCACUUCGCUAAAAGCGGUCUCUGCAAUUGGUUUGGAUCUUGUGCGUGGAGAGAAAACCUUAGAGUUAAUCAAGAACUUGGGUUUUCCAUCAGACAAGUAUUUGUUUGCAGGGGUAGUUGAUGGCAAAAAUAUUUGGGCAAAUGAUCUUGAAGCAUCUCUCGAGACGUUAAAAACCCUCGAGUCCAUCGUUGGGAAAGAGAAACUCAUGGUUUCUACUUCUUGUUCACUUAUGCACACUGCUGUUGAUCUUUUGAACGAGACAAAACUGGACGAUGAGAUUAAGUCUUGGCUAGCCUUUGCGGCACAAAAAAUCCUUGAGGUGAACGCUUUGGCUGAUGCAUUGGCUGGAGAAAAAGAUGAGGAAUUCUUUUCUGCCAAUUCCGCUGCCCAAGAAUCAAGGAAGUCGUCUGCUAGGGUCAAUGAUGAGGCAGUUCAAGAAGCUGCUUCUGCUUUGAGGGGUUCUGACCAUCGGCGUGCUACACCGGUUACUGCCAGACUCGAAGCCCAACAAAGAAAGCUUAAUCUACCGAUGCUUCCAACUACAACCAUUGGGUCUUUCCCUCAAACCAUGGAUGUCCGUAGGCUUAGGCGGGAAUACAAGAUGAACAAGAUCACUGAAGAAGAGUAUGUUGAAGCCAUCAAGGAAGAGAUAAAAAAGGUAGUCAAGAUACAGGAAGAACUGGAUAUUGAUGUUCUUGUGCAUGGAGAACCUGAGAGGAACGACAUGGUGGAAUAUUUUGGCGAGCAAUUGAAAGGCUUUGCCUUCACUGUUAAUGGAUGGGUACAGUCUUAUGGAUCACGCUGUGUAAAACCACCAAUCAUUUACGGAGAUGUGAGUCGUCCUAACCCUAUGACAGUUUUUUGGUCAAAAGCUGCACAAAGCAUAACUACUCGUCCAAUGAAGGGAAUGCUAACUGGGCCAGUCACAAUUCUCAAUUGGUCAUUUAUAAGGAAUGACCAACCCAGGUUUGAAACUUGCUACCAGAUUGCCCUGGCUAUCAAAAAUGAAGUUGAAGAUCUAGAAGCAUGUGGGAUUCAGGUGAUACAAAUUGAUGAAGCUGCACUACGAGAAGGUCUGCCUUUACGGAAGUCCGAGCAAGCUCUUUACCUGGAUUGGGCUGUUCACUCCUUCAGGAUCGCAAACUGUGGCGUCAAGGACACUACUCAGAUCCAUACUCACAUGUGCUAUUCAAACUUCAACGAUAUAAUCCACUCCAUUAUUGACAUGGACGCAGAUGUAAUCACUAUCGAGAAUUCAAGAUCUAAUGAGAAGCUCCUUUCUGUCUUCAGGGAGGGAGUUAAGUACGGUGCAGGAAUUGGGCCUGGUGUGUAUGACAUUCACUCCCCUCGGAUUCCAACAACUGAAGAGAUUGCUGAUCGAAUCAACCAAGUGUUGGCUGUUCUUGAGAGGAAUGUUGUUUGGGUGAAUCCAGAUUGUGGUUUGAAAACCAGAAAAUAUAGUGAAGUUAAACCAGCCUUGACCAACAUGGUGGCUGCUGCGAAGCUUCUGCGAACUGAGCUGGCCAGUGCCAAGUGACAUGCCCUGUUUCUGGUGUAUUUCCUUAUAACAAGAGAGCCAGUCACUUCGUAAAUAUAGCAAAUUAACAAUCAUCAUUACUAUUCAACUGCAUAUCAGUGUCAAAAUGAUCUCAACAAGUUAUCGGUUUUGGGAAGGGCUGGCAAGUUGCCUUUUGUGAUGCUCAUGGUUGUGAUGGGUAAGAAAUUUGUGUUGGGUUGUUCCAAUUCAUGUUUCAAAUGUGCAAGUCAAGCGUUCUGUUGUGUACUGUAAACUACUUUCAUGUGUUGGAAAAUGAGGCCAAAUCCCAGUUAUGCUA